CGCUCGCAGAUGCCCCCAGAUGCCCCGCUGCUUCGAGCUUGUCCGAGAGUCGCAUCAUUAGGCACCGGGACAAACUCCUCCUCAGGCUUCCCUAGUCCCCCCUCGGCCUCCCUCGGUGUCUCUUCAGAGCCAUUUGGCCACAAGUUAAGGCCGAGUAACCUAGUUAAAAGGACCCCGAGCGAGUCGCCGAGGCCGCCGCGUGCAGCUCGCGUGGCGCUCUCGCCUCGCUGCCGUCGUCUGUUCAGGGCGGCUGAUCAGCAGAUGUCAUCAGCGUCGAAGCAAAGGGGCGGCUGCUGACUCCACGUCCGAGUGCAGAGGAAAGCCAGCGGUCAGCAGCGGUGGCUCUCCGACCGUCGGAGUCUUUGUCUGAGUGUCGCCGCAGUGCAGCUGUGGAUUGUGAUUGGUCAACUCAUCUGUAAAGACAACCAAUGGGAGGCUUUGGAGUCUGGAUGUACUUGCUCCUUUUUUGUUCUCUCUACGGGGCCUCGGCGCUGCAGAUCACGAGCAUCUUCGUGCCGCGGACGGCGCGCAGCGGGGACACCGUGCGCCUCACGUGCAACUUCGAGCUGAACGGCGACGAGUUGUACUCGCUCGCCUGGUGGAAGGACGACAAGAUGUUCUACACGUUCAUCUCCAAGAACGAGCCACCCAAGGCCGUCUACAACGCUCCAGGCAUCACCGUAGACCUCGAAGCGUCGGGCCUGUACGAGGUGAUCCUCUCGCACGUUGACCACCGCGCCUCCGGGAAGCUGCGCUGCGAGGUUCUGGCCGAGUUCCCGAGCUUCGAGCAGGACACUAUGGAUGCCAACAUGACGGUAAUAGAGGAACCCCUCAAGGGGCCCAGCAUCACGGGCAACGAGAACCGCAGUGCCUACCGCGUCGGCGACCUCCUGCUGCUCAACUGCUCCUCCACCUUCUCGUACCCGCCCACCACUCUCAGCUGGGACAUCGACGGCCACAAGGUGUCGCAGGAGACGGUGGUCAUGUACCCGGGCGAGGUGGACGCGGAGGGACGCGAGACGUCCAAGUCGGGGCUGCAGAUGCGCCUGCGGCGGGAGCACUUCCGGCAGGGCGUGCUGGUGCUGCGCUGCAUCUCGACCAUCCUGCACAUGUACCGCCGCUCCGCCCAGACGACCAUCAUCGACGCGGACCACAUCCAGAGCUCCCCGCGGGAGAGCGCCUCCACCGCCGGUGCCGGUUCCCCCUCGCUCCUCCGUGUCCUGCUGUUACUCCUGCUGCUGCUGAGUCUGCUGGGGACCUGAGGGCCCUUCGCCACGCGAUGGAAAUGCGGAAAUGAGUGUCAGUGUUGUACCCGUGUGAAUGUUGGUGUCGUGGCGGCGUCCGAGUGCGGUGCCUCGCGAGCGACCCUGGCUUCAGCCUCGCGCCGCAAGGGACUGCUUCGUCCCCACUCAACUCGGUGUUAUGUUAUUGCAUACUUGGAUGUCAUCAUAUAAAGAUUCAUUGGUGUAACUGCUCCUGGAAUAAUGUUUGAGAAUAAACUUUAAGUAAAAUAAAGACGUGACUCUGG